CAGUAGCUUAUUAGCAGGCGACAAGAGCGGUUGAUUUUAUUUUAUAAUAAUAAUUUCUGCUGAUAUUUUGAAAAUAAAAUGGCAACUGCUACUGCCGGCAGUAAAUUUCAUUUGGAAGCCAUCGAUAGAAUUGGCUCCAUACCGUUGGUUGAGAGUAGUGUGAAGCGUGUUGAGCAUUUGUAUGACAAAGUGAAAAAAAACAAUCGCCUAUUUAGCUGGUAUUUCGAGAAUGUGGAGGCUACAAUUUUUGCUGCCUGUGAGACCGUGCAGCCGGCUGUUAGACUCUUUGAAAUGCCCCUGAAGCGUCUGGACAAUGUUAUGUGCAAAAGUCUUGACAUUUUGGAGCAACGCAUACCUCUGGUCUAUUUGCCACCCGAAAUGGCCAUCAUUUUAUGCUUGAAGAUGUAUUGGAAUACCAAGGAAUAUAUGUCGGAUCAUCUUGUGAAACCUGUUCUGAAACGCGCCGACUCUGUAAAACAGAUUGGAGUUGCAGUUUUAGAUAGUCCAUUGACAACGUAUGCAGCCGAGCGCAUUGAUGGAGCAUUCACAGCCGGUGAUAAGUUUGUGGACAAAUAUUUGGUGCCCAUACACACGGAUCAGGAUCAGACAGACGCGCCAAAUGACGAUGAUAGCGAGGCGGCGGCCGCAGCCAAGAAUGAGAAGGGGGCCAUUAAGGCAAUUCACCACGGUCAACGCUUCUCCCGCAAACUGAAGCGUCGUCUCACGCAAAGAACCUUGGCCGAGGCGCGUGCGCUGAAGAAGCAAAGCAGAGAAGCCAUUCAUGUGCUCCUGUAUGCCGCAGAACUGAUUGCCACAGACCCGAAAUUAGCAAUGCAAAAGGCCAAGGAGCUCUGGUCUUAUUUGAGUGCAGAUGAGCCCGAAAAUCAGGCCAGACCUGAGACUCUGGAACAGUUGAUUGUACUCCUGACUCGUGAAUCUGCCAGACGUGUUGUACACUUAGUCAACUUUAGCGCAAGUGUUGCAGCUAGAAUUCCAAGAACUCUGGCCCAUACUACUACCGAGGUGGUGCACCAUAUUAUUUACUUUAACAACCGCAUUAUUACCAUAUCCCGUUUGGACAAGGUUAAAAAUCUGUCGAAAGAAGAAGCUGAAUCUCUCUUCAAGCGCAUGCUUGCUUUCUAUGCUAAUCUUCAAGUGAUAACAAAUAGCUAUUUGGAACACGUAGCCAGCUUCCUAUCUGGACGUAUUGAAGCCGAAAAGGUUACUGGCAGUGACAGCAAUGUUGUUAAUAACUCGAGAUCUUCAAGAAGACGACAGGAUCCACACCCAAACAGUUUGCCUGCUGCCCACAUUAAUGGGGUCUACUAGGAAUUCGAGAUUUUUAUUGCUUUUGUAUUUUUAUGUCUAAUUAUAGAGUUUUGCAUUUGCUUGCACAUUCGAACUAAUUAGAGUGGUUCUCUAAUAUUUCACACCUAGCUACGUAAUAUUAAACAAUGUUUUUAUACUUCACUAUAA